AUGUGCAAGAGGGUCGAGGCGGCGCGGUGGUCGGCGCUGCGGGAUGAAGACGCGGCCAGACUGCGCUUGGCCAAGGGGAGUGCACGGGAUAGAACUCCAACGAGGGAUCGUCAGAACGAGGACCACCGGGGCGAGGACCACGCAGACGAGAACGAGAACGCAAGACGGAUCCUCGGGUGCGACUUUGACGGCGCCGCGGACCACACCUCACCCGUGGCCAUGCUCGACCGGGAGAAUGCCUCCUUGAGACAGAUCUUCGAGCAACAACAACAACAACAACAACAACAACAACCGCUGAGCUUCUUGGGCGACGAAGCCAACGACGACGCGGGUUACGCGGCGCGCUUGAGCCCCUCGCUGCCCCUGGGCGUGUUCCCUUUCUCCCGUCCGCCGUUCGAGGCCUCUAACCGGUUCGACUUCCUCUCAGCGGUGCCGGAGACGUCCCGACGCAUGAUCCCGUCGUUGGCGCCAGAUACCCGAGACCCCCUUGCGUUAUGGAACGCGUGUGCGUCCGAGGCAGACGCUCCGUCCUGGGAGGACAUGCUCGACUUUCCCGACCCUUCUUCGCGUGCCCAGACGCCGCCCCUUGGGGGCGGGGAGGAGGAUACCACCACACUGUCGACGGUAGUACGACAGCGCGGCGCGGGCAUGACGGAGGAUUCCCUGCUGGGAACCUUUGAAAGGGACGUCGCGCCGCGGAUCGCCCUCCAGCUGCUGCCUUUUACCGACCUGUUCCGUGCCAGCACCGGCCUCCGGGCCGCCGCUCUGGCGCUGACGACCAGCUAUCUCCGCCUGUGCCGGACCUCCGACCCGGAGCCAACAUCCACAGGGACCCGGCCCGGCCCGGCGGCCACCGGCGUCCACUGCCACUACUACUACUUCGCCGUCGCCGAUCUCGCCCACCAGGUAGAGAUGUGUCCCGGACCCGACGCCGCCGCCGACGCCCUCGUCUGCGCCGCCAUCCUCCUCGUCUACCGCGACAUCGCCGUCGGCUCGCACCGGGACGUCUGCGGCCACCUGCGCCAGCUGGAGGCCCUCUCCGCCGCCGUCGACGACCUCGCGUCGCGCUGCCACCCGGCCCUCCUCCGCGCCUGGCGGCUGUUCUCGUUCGACAUGAGGCUGUGCUCGCUGGUCACGCGCAAGUCCGUCGCCGGGCCGCCCCCGCCGCCCCCGCCGCCGCAGCAGAUGUGCGCCCCGUGGGACAGCCGGCUGACGAUCCGGGACAUCUUCUCCUCCCUCUGGCGACUUCACGGCCGGGCCGUCAUUGAGGCCUCCUUCUCGGAACCCGGCGGCGGCGGCGGCGGCGGCGGCGGCGGUCCUGCGGCGGCGAGGAGGCAGAGCGCGUCGAGGCGGGCCGUCCAGUGGCUCUGUUCCGUGUUCGGCCGGCGGUGCGACCUCCGCCAGUGGGAGCAGCGCGACUACCACGACGAGACCCUCUCGGACGAUGCCAUCGCGACGCAGUGCCGCGUGUUCGAGAGUAGGCUCGACGCGUGGCACCGCGCCACCGCGCGGAACGACCUCCCCGUGCCGUGUCUCGGGGCGGGCGCCGAGGGCGUGGUCGCCUGGGGGGGCGGUGGCUUUGGGGCCGUCGUCCCGUAUGACAUCCCCGACCGCGGCGCGGCCAUCGACUACUCGCUGUACCUGAUCUCCCGCAUGACGUGUCUGCAUCUCCAGUCGCGAUACCAGGCCCGGCGGGAUCCCAAGCACGCGUCCGCGUUGGACUCGGACGUCCUGGCGAGGGUCGCGCUCGGCAUCCUGCUGAAGGCCGGGCCGGCGUGGCCAACGGCGGCGUUGGGCGAGCCGAACGUCCUGACGCUGCUCUACAUGACCGCGCUGGUGUCCGAAGGCGCCGCCGUCGCCACGGCGGUGCUCGAGGGCGUGCUCCCCCGGUUCGGCAGGGAUGGGGGGGACAUGCCGGCGGUGGAGCGGGACGAGAUGCUGUACAUGGAGCGGCUCAUGGAGGUGGUCGUCAGGGAGAGGCACCGCGGCCGGUCGGUCCGUUUCGCCAUCGACAGCUACGACGAGGACCACAGGAGGGACGCGACGUGUUCGGCGCGCCAGCGGAGGAUCGCCGUCUUUGGCGACUUUGGCGGACGAGGCCAUUUCCGGGACGUUGUGUACAUGGGUGCGAAUGCUUGUACGGAUGUUACAUGA